AUGGCAACUGUGUACCAGGUUCAUAAAAAGUAAGUUCCUAAAGUUUUCUCUUUUAGUUUGUUGGCGUAACCUUUUGUAAGAGCAGUGCCAUCCAUCCUAACUCUUCUAAGAAGUCUGACAAUUUCAGGAGCCAAGACAGAAAAAAACAAGUACUCUCAUCAAGACCAAGUAGGAAAGAUUCUGAGACGAAUUAUUUAAGAUUUAGUCCAACACUAAAAUAAAAAAAUAAAUAAAUUUCUAGAGUAAAUGUCAACUUAUCAAAUUUUAUUUUGUGAAUGA